AUACGGCAUAACCCAGUAUGAUUAAAAAACCCGAUAACCAAGUCAUCUGUGGGCCCCAAAUUACCUCACUUAUUCCACGUCAGCUCAACACAUCUAACCGAUUCCGUCACAAAUCACUAGUCAUCAUUUUCCCGAUAAAAAUUCUUCUCCAGCAUCAUUUUAUCAUCCUGAAUCGCGCCAGAACUGGAAAACGAAAAAGCAUAACAAUUUUUUCAUUGUUCAUAAGUAAGUUUAAGAACAGUCGGAUUAUUCGUCUACGUUUCCAAAGAUGUUCAAUUUUUUUCGUAAAAACUCCAACCAAGAGCCACCUCCUCCUCAGAUACAGGGAAGUUUGACACUGACAGACUUGAAUCCACGCGUCACUCUUCAUUAUGGAAUACCGUGUGCAGCAUCUAUUCUAGCUUUUGAUCCUGUUCAAAGUCUAUUGGCAGUAGGGACAUGGGACGGUAGAAUAAAGGUGAUUGGCGACUAUAAUGUUGAAGGGCUUCUUGUAUCUCCUAAGCAGUUACCUUUCAAAAAUUUGGAGUUUCUACAAAAUCAAGGUUUCCUGGUCAGUGUCUCAAAGGAAAAUGAAAUCCAGGUACUGAUUCUUCGUAUUCGGGCUGCAAGUUCUUGUUAUAAGGUUUGGGACUUGGAACACAGGCAAAUGACAUCUAAAUUAAAAUGGGAGUCCAACAUAACUGCUUUCUCUAUUAUUUAUGGCACCAGUUACAUGUAUCUUGGAGAUGAGUAUGGGUCGGUGUCUGUGUUGAAGUAUGAUGCUGAAGAAGGAAAUCUCUUGCAACUGCCAUAUUAUGUUCCUACAAAUAUUAUAGCUGAGACAGCUGGAAUUCCGUUAUCUUAUCAUAAUUCUGUUGUUGGAGUUCUAGCCCAACCUUAUUCACUGGGAGAAAGAUUGCUGAUUGCGUACGAGAAUGGCUUGGUUAUUCUUUGGGAUGUUUCUGAAGAUAGAGUUGUUCUAGUUAGAGGGAACAAAGAUCUCCAAUUAGUAAGUAAAACAGUUGUUAAUUCUUCAAAAAGUGCAAGACAGGAGCCUUCUGAAAGUGAAUCAGACCAUGGACAAGCAGAGAAAGAAAUAAGCUCCAUCUGUUGGGCAUCUACCAAUGGAUCAGUUCUUGCUGUUGGUUAUGUGGAUGGGGAUAUAAUGUUUUGGAACAUACCAACUGCUGCCCCAUCUAAAGAUCAGAAAACUGAAAGUUCAUCUAAUAAUGUUGUUAAGCUACAAUUAUCAUCAACCAGGAAAAGACUCCCUAUCAUUGUUUUGCAUUGGUCUGUUGAUAGAUCAAAGAAUGAUUGUGGUGGCCGACUCUAUGUCUAUGGUGGUGAUGAAAUUGGAACUGAAGAAGUCUUGACGAUGCUAUACCUUGAUUGGUCUUCUGGGAUAGAAAGUUUGAAGUGCAUUGACCGUGUAGAUAUUACACUUAAUGGUUCUUUUGCUGAUAUGGUUUUAUUACCUAUUGCUGGUUUGGUGGAAGGUUUUGGCUUUUUGCUAUUUGUAUUGACAAAGCCAGGACAAUUGCAUGUUUAUGAUGAUGCUUGCUUGUCUUCUUUAAUCUCUCCGCAAGAGAAAAAAACUUCUACUUCUCCAUUACAAUAUCCUGAGGUCAUUCCCACCAUUGAACCAUACAUGAUUGUGGGAAAGCUUGGAUUGGUACACAGAGAUGGAAAAUUUUCGAGGGAUUUUUCUAAGAUAGUUUUUGCUGUAAAAGCUCGAGCAUCCCAUGUACUGGUGACUCCCAUGACUGGGAGAACAAAGUGGCCUUUAACUGGAGGUGUUCUCUGCCAAUUUCAUGGAGCUGAAGAUUAUCUGGUUGAGAAAUUAUAUGUAGCUGGUUACCAAGAUGGAUCUGUUCGAAUAUGGGAUGCUACAUAUGCUUCUUUGUCACUUAUUUAUGUUUUAGGUUCUGAGCUUUUAGGUACGAAAAUUGGUAGUGCUAAUGCUCCAGUAUCAGCAUUGGACUUUUGCACAAACUCAUUAAAUUUAGCUGUCGGCUAUGCAAAUGCUAGGGUUUUAUUGUAUAAGCUAGUGGGGAGUGCGAAUGAAACGAGUUUGAACUUUGUGACAAAAACUGGAAAAGAAGUCUACAGUUUGCCCAAAGGGGAUGGGCCUCAGUGCACGGCAGUUUUUUCCUUCAUCGGUUCUCCUGUUUGCAACCUACAAUUUUCAAAUACUGGAGACAUACUUGCUGUAGGAUUUGAAUGUGGCCAGGUUGCUGUACUUGAUAUUAGUUCAUCAUCAGUCUUAUUUCUUACAGAUAGUGUAUCAGAUUCAAGUUCCCCUGUCAUAUCAUUGGGGGUGAAAUCAUUUCCCAAUACCAAUAACUCAAUAAACAGUCUAAAGGACUCCAAUUUAGACACUUCGGAAAAUCCUACAAGGAAUGUGGUAUUUUUUAUGACAAAGGAUGGACAUAUUGUUGUUUGUGAUAGCACCACUGGAAAAAUUCUUGCCUCCCAGUCACUGCAUCUGAAGGAAUCAAGUGCAAUUUCUAUGUAUAUUCUAGAGGAUGAUGGCAGCUUGAUCUCUGAAUUGUCCAGUGCAAAGCAUUCAGUGAGCUCACCUCAAGACAGUGAACCUAAAAAUGAACCUACACAAGUUAAUGCUAAACAUGGAAGUAUUCCACUGGUAGCUGAACUCGAAACUUCCACUGAAACCACAUAUUCUGGGCAGAGGUUAAUGGAACUAUUCAUAUUACUUUGCUGUGAGAAUGCAUUGUGGUUGUAUUCUUUGAAUUCUGUAAUUCAGGGGGAUAGCAACUCCAUUCGGAAGGUGCAUCUUUUAAAGCCAUGUUGUUGGACCGCAACCUUCAAGAAAGAUGAGAAGUACGGGCUAUUUAUAGUCUAUCAGACAGGGGAGAUUGAGAUAAGGUCUUUGCCAUCUCUUCAAGUGGUGGUAGAAACUUCUCUAAUGUCAAUACUAAGGUGGAACUUCAAGACCAAUAUGGAGGAGACAAUGUGUUCUUGUAAUGGACAAAUUGUGCUGAUAAAUGGGUAUGAAUUUGCUUUCAUAUCAUUGUUAGCUUCUGAAAAUGAUGUCAGGAUUCCAGAGUCUUUGCCUUGUCUUCACGAUAAGGUCCUUGCAGCUUCUGCCAAUCCUGCCAAUAUAUUCCAAGGUACUGUCCCUGCAUUUUUCAGUGGACUUGUAAAGGGCUUCAAAGUUAAAGAGCACAAUGUGGAUUUGCCUGGCCCUGAAGUUGGUAUCCAUAAUUGUGACCACCUAGAUACCAUAUUUUCUUAUCCACCAUUCUUAAAGCCUUCCAAGGAUGACCAAAAUGUCGUGGAGCUUAACUUAGAUGACAUCAAGAUUGAUGAACCUCUUGUUGUCUCAUCUUCAUCUCGAAAGAGCAAGAAUGAUGAGAAAGAUAAGAGAAUGAAAAAGGAAAAAUUGUUUGAAGGUGCAAAUACUGAAACAAAACCAAAACCAAGAACAGUUGAAGAAAUUAAGGCUAAAUAUAGAAAACCUGGGGAUGCAUUUUCAGCAGCUGCAGAGGCAAGGAACAAGCUUGCAGAACGCCAAGAAAAACUCGAGAAACUCCGUGAUAAUACUGAAGAGCUACAGGACGGAGCUCAGAAUUUUGCUGAUAUGGCAAGUGAACUUGCCAAGGCAAUGGAGAAACGUAAAUGGUGGAAACUAUGAGAAUUUGGUAGAAAUGGUGGUGCUUUCAAAUCAUAAAUUUAACAGGUUUUCCUCGUGGGGUGAAUGCAAGAAACACAAAUCCACUGUACUCUGAUAUUUGAUUAAUUGCUUUAAAAGUUAUGCACUUAUGCAUCUUGAUACGAAAUAACUUAUGGGUGAUUAUCUUCUGAUGUAGAAUGUCUUUUCUCCCACCAAGGAAAGUGCCAGGCAACUUGUAAGGAAGAAAGUAUUGUCCGUUCAUUCACGUUUUUUCGCCUUUUGAUUAAUGAGAUUAUGUGACCGUGUCAACUUUACUUUCUGUGUACGGGGACGAACCAUUUUUAUUUACUUGGCUGCUGGCACGUUUUCCUUCUUUAA